AUGGGGCAGCAUCAAGGCAGAAUAGGGCAGCAUCAAGGCAGAAUAGGGCAGCAUCAAGGCAGAAUGGGGCAGCAUCAAGGUAUAAUGGGGCAACAUCAAGGCAUAAUGGGGCAGCAUCAAGGCAUAAUGGGGCAGCAUCAAGGCAGAUUGGGGCAACAUCAAGGCAGAUUGGGGCAGUGUCAAGGCAGAAUGGGGCAGCAUCAAGGCAGAUUGGGGCAGCAUCAAGGCAUAAUGGGGCAACAUCAAGGCAUAAUGGGGCAGCAUCAAGGCAUAAUGGGGCAGCAUCAAGGCAUAAUGGGGCAGCAUCAAGCCAUAAUGGGGCAGCGUCAAGGCAGAAUAGGGCAGCAUCAAGGCAUAAUGGGGCAGCAUCAAGGCAUAAUGGGGCAGCAUCAAGGCAUAAUGGGGCAGCAUCAAGCCAUAAUGGGGCAGUGUCAAGGCAGAAUAGGGCAGCAUCAAGGCAUAAUGGGUAGCAUCAAGGCAGCCAGUCCCACCAAGACAGCUAUGUAG